GCUAAACCCUCCCUGGUCUCCUCUCAUCAGCAGCAGCAGCCCCGCCUCGCGACGCGAACCGCUGGCUGGUUCAGCUCCAACACAAUCCACAUCUGGCUGUCACACAACAGUGCUGCCGCUCAUUCCGCGGCAUGCUCAUAUUCAUAACGGAACAAACUAAGUGGAUUUUAAUCGGAGAGGAGCAACAUGUCUGAGGUCCGAAAAUUCACAAAGAGGUUAAGUAAACCCGGGACGGCCGCGGAAGUACGGCAGAGCGUGUCGGAGGCUGUGAGGAGCACCGUGGACCUUGUGGAGCAGCCAAAGAUCAUUGAACCACUGGACUAUGAAGCUGUGGUGUUUCAGAGAAAGGCCCAGAUCCACAGCGACCCCCAUCGAGACCUGCUGCUCUGCCCUCUCGACGAUGUCUCGGAGUCCCAGAUCGCCCGGCAGAGGAGGACUGUCGUUCCCUCUGUGCCUCAGAAUGCAGAGCGAGAGGCCAGGAGUCUGUUUGCUAAAGAGUGCAUCAAGAUGUACAACACCGACUGGCAUGUAAUCAACUACAAAUAUGAGGCUUACUCUGGUGACUUCCGCAUGUUGCCAAGCAAAGGCCUGAAGACAGACAAGCUGCCAGCUCACGUGUUUGAGAUCGAUGAAGACGCCAAAGACGAAGACUCUGCAUCCCUGUGCUCCCAAAGGGGAGGCAUCAUGAAGCAGGGCUGGCUUCAGAAAGCCAACAUCAACAGCAGCCUGUCUGUCUCCAUGAGGGUGUUCAAAAGGAGGUACUUCUACUUGUCUCAGCUCCCCGAUGGCUCUUACAUCCUCAACUCCUACAAGGAUGAGAAAAACUGCAAGGAAACCAAAGGAUCCAUCUACCUGGACUCCUGUAUAGACGUGGUUCAGAGCCCCAAGAUGCGACGUAAUGGCUUCGAGUUGAAGAUGCAAGACCGCUACAGCCACUUCCUGGCGGCAGACAGCGAAGCAGAGAUGGAGGAGUGGGUGGCCACGCUGAAACAGGCUCUGCAGAGCAGCACUGAAGCCAGUCAGGACAGGAGGAACGGUGCAGAGACACUGGACUGUGCCCUGGAUGACGACACUGCCAGCCAGGGUAAAGGUGAGAGCCUGCUGGAGAGCCUGGGGAGGAGCUUACACCCUGAACUUUUGAAGUAUGCCAGGGAGACAGACCAGCUCAAUAAGAUGAACAGGAAUGAAUGCAGACAAAAGCUCUUCUCUCUGGAUCCUGAGACACAGAGGCUGGACUUUUCAGGCAUCGAGCCAGAUGUGAAGCCAUUCGAGGAACGUUUUGGCCGUCGUAUCGUGGUCGGCUGCCAUGACCUGACCUUCAGUCUCCAGGGCUGUGUUAGCGAAAAGGGUGACGGUGUCCUUACCAACGUGGAACCAUUCUUCAUCAGCCUCGCACUCUUUGACCUUUCCAAGAGCUGCAAGAUCUCGGCGGACUUCCACGUUGACCUCAACCCGCCCUGCGUCAGAGAGAUGCUGACCGACACCUCCGGCCAGCUCUCUCCUUCAUCGGAUUCAGAAGGUGGUGGAGGAGGAGGGUGUGGAGUCAUGGUGAAUGGAGACUCAGGGAAAGGGAACGGUUUGCCUGCUCUUCAGAGGGUGUCGGAGGCUCUGCUGCGCUUCCCUACACAGGGUAUCUUUUCAGUGACCAACCCCCAUGCAGAUAUCUUCCUAGUGGCCCGAAUAGAGAAGGUGUUACAGAACGGCAUCACACACUGCGCCGAACCAUACAUCAAGACCUCCGACAUCAACAAGACUGCUCAGAAGGUGCUCAAAGCUGCCAAGCAGACAUGCCAACGCUUGGGCCAGUACAGGAUGCCAUUUGCCUGGGCUGCCAAGCAGGUGUUCAAAGACGCUCAAGGCAGCCUGGACAUGGAUGGGAAGUUUUCUCCUCUUUACCGCCAGGACAGCAGCAAAAUCUCCACUGAUGACAUCAUCAAGCUGCUGGCCGACAUCAGGAAGCCAGAGAAGAGCAAGCUUCAGACCAUCCCUGGACAGCUGAAUGUCACCAUUGAGUGUGUCCCACCUGAUUUCUCAAAUACGGUGACUUCCUCUUACAUUCCCGUUAAGCCCUUCGAGGAUGGCUGCGAGCGGGUGUCAGUGGAGAUUGAGGAGUUUCUCCCCGAGGAAGCCAAGUACAACUGCCCCUUCACCACAUACAAGAACCAGCUCUACAUCUACCCCCUGCAGCUAAAAUAUGACAACCAGAAGGCCUUCACUAAGGCUAGAAACAUUGCAGUCUGCACCCAGUUCCGGGAUUCAGACGAGGAAGGAGCUGCCCCUUUAAAGUGCAUCUACGGCAAGCCGGGAGAUUCACUCUUCACCAGCAGCACUUACGCACCCGUCCUGCACCACAAUCAGAGCCCGGAGUUCUAUGACGAGGUGAAGAUUGAGCUGCCUGUCCACAUGCAUGAGAAACACCACAUCCUCUUCACCUUUUACCAUAUCAGCUGUGAGUCCAGCAGCAAGUCUAGCAGCAAGAAGAGAGAGGGAGUAGAGUCACUGGUGGGUUACUCCUGGAUGCCUUUGCUCAAAGAUGGAAGGAUGCAGUCAGUAGAGCUCCAGCUGCCUGUAGCAGCCACCUUGCCUCCUGGAUACCUGUGUCAGGACACCAAAAAGUCCCAACCAGAUAUCAAGUGGGUGGAAAACGCCAAGACACUGUUCAAAGUGAAGAUCCAUGUAGCAUCAACAAUAUAUGCUCAGGACCUGCAUCUACAUAAAUUCUUCCAGCACUGCCAGCUGAUGAGAACAACAUCAGGGGGCAACCCAGCAGAACUUAUCAAAUACCUGAAGUGCCUGCAUGCCAUGGAGACUCAAGUGAUAAUCAACUUCCUACCAAUAGUGCUGAUGCAGCUGUUUGAGGUACUCACAACAGCAACCAAAGAAGCUCAUGAGAUUGCUGUCAACUCUCUGCGCGUGAUCAUACAUAUAGUUUCCAGAUGUCAUGAGGAGGGCCUGGAGCACUACCUGCGCUCUUUUGUCAAGUAUGUGUUUGUGACCAACAACCCUACGUCAGGAAACUCAUCGACCACUCACGAGCUGCUGGCCAUAGCUGUGACAGCCACCCUCAAGCAAACAGCAGAUUUCAACACCAGCAAUAAACUGCUCAAGUACUCCUGGUUCUUCUUUGAAACCAUGGCCAAAUCUAUGGCCCAGUAUCUGCAAGAAGGCAACCGCAUAAAGAUGCCACGGGCCCAGCGCUUCCCUGACAGUUUCCAGCAGGCACUCCAGUCUCUGGUGUUGUCCAUCAUGCCACACAUCACCAUCCGACACAUGGAGAUCCCAGAGGAAGCUCGUUGCGUCAACCUGAGCCUGGCCAAUUUCAUAAAGAGGUGCCUGACCCUCAUGAACAGGGGCUUCGCCUUUGGCCUGGUAAACCACUAUAUGUGUCAUUACGGUCUCAAAGAUCCCAAGGUGCUGACUGAAAUGAAAUUUGAUUUCUUGAUGACAGUGUGUAAUCACGAACACUUCAUCCCUCUUAAUCUGCCCAUGGCUUUUGGGCGCACCAAGCUGCAGAGGGUACAAGAUUUUAUUCCGUAUGCGACGGAGCUUUUUGGCCCUGUAGAGCAGAGCCUGGAAUUCAGUCUGACAGAAGAAUACUGCCGCAACCACUUCCUUGUAGGUCUUUUGCUGAGAGAACUGGCCGAGGCCUUGCAGCAAGGGCCUGAGGUCAGACAGCUGGCCGUGAGCGUUCUCAAGAACCUCCUUAUUAAACACGCCAUGGACGACCGUUACACAGCUUUCAAGAACCAGCAGGCCAGGAUCUGUUUGCUCUACCUCCCGCUUUUUGAGCUCCUCUACCAGAACUUGAAGCAGCUGUCUGCCCAGCCACUCACCUCCAGCCCCGGGCAUGGCCUCAAUGGCUCCAGAGAUGAUCUGAUAUCAACCGGGUCCACAGACAGCAGGAGAAUCAGCACUUUAACUGAUAAGGACCACGGUCAUACAGCUCAGAAUGGCCAUGUUGUGAGGAGAGAAGACUCCAGAGGCUCUCUGCUGAUGGACCCAGGAACACCAGACAGCAUUGAGCUGCAGAGACGUGGCUCCACCAUGAGCAACAGCCCCCUGCCUCCCGUAGGCAGACUGGGACCAUAUGAGAUCAAGGGCCUCCUGCUCUCCUUCCUACACAUUGUGAAGACCUUGUCAGAGGACACUCUCAGUGCCUACUGGAACAAAGUCAACCCUCAAGACAUCAUGAACUUCCUCACUUUGCUAGAGGUCUGUCUGGUUCAGUUUCGCUACAUUGGAAAAAGAAACAUUGGCCGGAGUCAGGAGGUGUGUGCGUCUAAACUGUUCUCCUCGGACAGGAAGUCUCAGACGAUGCCAGCUAUGCGCUGCAACCGAGCCAGCCUCAUGCAGACUAAGAUACACCAGUUCAGCACCAUGGAAGCCUCCCUCACUCUCAAUAUAGGAGUGGGGCCUUCGGAAGCAGAAAUCCACCAUCAAGCUCUGCUAGAGGGCAACAUGUCCACUGAGGUUUGCUUGAGUGUCCUGGACGUCUUCUUGCUUUUCACUCACUGUUUCAAGACCCAGUUGCUGGACAGCGAAGGUCACAACCCCCUGAUGAAGAAGGUGUUUGACGUUUACCUGACCUUCCUUAAAGUCAGCCAAUCAGAAGCUGCCCUUCGACAUGUGUUUGCCGCUCUUAGGGCUUUCAUUAACAAGUUCCCGUCAGUGCUGUUUAAGGGCCGCGUUACGCUGUGCGAGGCCCUCUGCUGCGAGGUCCUCAAGUGCUGUGUCUCCAAGCUGGGGUCUCUGAGGGCCGAGGCAUCAGCCCUGCUCUACCUGCUGAUGAGGAACAACUACGAGUACACCAAGAGGAAGACCUUCCUACGCACGCACCUGCAGAUCAUCAUUGCUGUGAGCCAUCUGAUCUCUGACGUGGCCCUGACUGGCAGUUCACGUUUCCAGGAGUCUCUCUCCAUCAUCAACAACUUUGCAAAUAGCGACAAAGCCAUGAAGUCCACGGCCUUCCCCUCUGAAGUGAAGGGUCUGACCAAGCGGAUUCGUACCGUGCUGAUGGCCACGGCCCAGAUGAGGGAGCAUGAGAAAGACCCAGAGAUGCUGCUGGACCUCCAGUACAGCCUGGCCCGUUCCUACGCCAGCACUCCCGAACUAAGACGAACCUGGCUGGACAGCAUGGCCCGAGCACACCUCAAGAAUGGAGAUCUCUCUGAGGCGGCCAUGUGUUAUGUUCAUGUGGCUGCACUGGUUGCAGAAUACCUGCACAGGAAAAAGUUGUUCCCCAGCGGUCUUGCAGCUUUUAAGAAGAUUACCUUAAAUAUCGAAGAGGAAGCAGCCAUGAGGGAAGACACUGGAAUGCAAGAUGUUUAUUACACUGAGGAAGUGUUGGUCGAACACCUGGAGGUGUGUGUGGAAGCGCUGUGGAAAGCCGAACGCUAUGAGCUCAUCACGCACGUUGCCAAGCUCAUCAUCCCCACGUACGAGAAGCGUCACGAGUAUGAGAAACUAAGUCGACUGUACGACACUCUACACAGAGCCUACAAUAAGAUCAUGGAAGUGAUACAGUCAGGCCGCAGGCUGCUCGGGACAUACUUCAGAGUGGCAUUUUAUGGACAGGGCUUCUUUGAGGAGGAGGACGGGAAAGAGUACAUUUACAAAGAGCCCAAACUCACUGGCCUGUCCGAAAUCUCUCAGCGGCUGCUGACACUCUAUGGGGAGAAGUUUGGACAGGAAAACGUCAGCAUAAUUCAGGACUCAAACAAGGUAAACCCCAAAGAACUGGACCCCAAGUUCGCCUACAUCCAGGUGACGUUUGUCAAGCCGUACUUCGACGAGAAGGAGGCGCCUGAGAAGAAAACAGACUUUGAAAAGUGCCACAACAUCAACCGCUUUGUGUUUGAGACACCUUACACGCUGUCAGGCAAAAAACACGGCGGGGUGGAGGAGCAGUGCAAGAAGAGGACUGUGCUCACAACUGCCAACACCUUCCCGUAUGUGAAGAAGCGUGUGGAGGUGGUGGGGGAGAAGCAGGUGGAGCUUAAGCCGGUGGAUGUGGCCAUAGAUGAGAUGAAGGCACGAACAGCAGAGUUGACCAAGCUCUGCUCCAGCCAGGAGGUGGACAUGAUCCAACUGCAGCUCAAGCUGCAGGGUUGCGUCUCUGUGCAGGUGAAUGCAGGUCCCAUGGCCUAUGCCAGAGCAUUCCUGGAUGACAGCAAAUCUAACCAGUCUGGCAGCAAGAAAGUAAAAGACCUUAAGGACAUUUUCAGGCGUUUUGUCCAGGCUUGCAGUAUGGCUCUUGACAUAAACGAGCGUUUGAUCAAGGAGGACCAGUUUGAGUAUCACGAGGGCCUUAAGUCCAACUUCAAAGAAAUGGUGAAGGAGUUGUCUGACAUCAUCCACGAGCCGCUUUAAGGAAAAACAGAUCUACCAGGAGGAUAUGAUGCGCUCGCUGUUACAAAACUCCCUCCAUGUGUUUCGUGCAAUCAGCGGGACAUCCACUGAUCUGGGCUGACCUCUGUCCCUCUGGCCUCCCUCCGCCUUGCCACCCGCCCUCGCGUAUAUCCUCUCACUUUUCCCUGAAGGACCUGAACUGGAUGAUAACAUGGGCAAAUCUCUAUUUGAUGUCUGCCCAGCUUGGCAACCCCCCCCCCCAAUUUGUCUAUCUUCAUCAUCAGUAAAUGGCUGAGCUGAAGAAUUGCAGCACGGCAGCUGGAGAAAAUAUUCAAGCCACAGCAGCAGUGUUUCUGAGAAUGUAUUGCAGCAACACCAACUAAAUGUCAGCAUGUCAGGUUUAGGUGUUCUGUCUAGUUGUGCUAGGUUGCAUUGCACUUUUUUUUCUGCGUUUGCAAUAAUUGACUGUUUCUUAAGAGAGAGAUACUGUACUAAAAUAGUUUUUGCAUCUUCUCUCUGCAGUGUUGCCCUCCAGAUCUAUGCAGGACACACCACACUCCCUCCAGAAUGACAUUUUAACUCUUGAGUUGACAAUAAGGAAAUAAAAGCAGCUCGUCUUUGUAGCAGUGCAGUGUUUUCUUAGGCCAAGCAUUUGUGUCAGGCUGUCAUGAUAUCCCAGCUCAACCUGUUCUGUUGUAACACCUCAUUAAAUGCUUCGAGAUCUAAAGUAUGCCAAGGGUUAGUCUUUAUAGGUCAGCAGUUUGUGAUAAAGAGAUAAGUCACGUCUAAAGAGCAGCAGCUUUUAGUAAGCAUCGGGCCAAAGUUACCACCAUAUUUGUUUAACGACAAAUGUAAAGGCUUUCUCAGUCUGUUAAUAAAAGGCAGACCUCAGGGUUGUAUUAAAGCUAUGAGACAGAGCUGCUCUUAAGAAGGCUUUGUUAGAUUAAAAGUAGUUGAUCUUAAGUAACUAAUGUUCUAGAUUGCAUAAGAGAUCGUGAAUAAUGUUGCACCAGGAAAGCAACGAUAGUGAUGAAUCCUACAAGAGCUGUAUAACAAUCACUGAAACAGUAUUCUCUAGGGGCUCAUUUUAUGGCCUGUGGACAUUAUAAGUCAGAAACAGGACAGGACACACUGAUCACAGCUGUGUGAUAGUAUUUACUUCUGUAGAGUGAGUUAAGUACGGAGUUCCGCUCAUCUGGGUCAAGAUCCAGUGCCUUUCUGCUCUGCCUUCUGAACAGGCUCCCUUAUCUCAAGUAAUAAGACCUUCAUCAAAUGCUGGUUAUUCACGGUAUUUCACAAGUGCUACACUGUAAUUAGCAGAUAGAUGAAUAAUAUUUAAACAAAUGUGUACAUAAUUUGCUGUCAUGCUGUAAAGUGAAUUCUGUAUCCAUGUAUGUUUGUACGUACUGUAUGUAUGUAUUUAUAUCUGAAAUGUUUUGGACUCACAAAUCUGUCCGAGCAGAGAGAUUUUUUUUUUUUUUUUCAUUUUUAUUGCAUUGUAUACUGACGUGCAGCUGCUUGUCAAACUUAGUCUACUUUGUAAAGCCUCUUUUCCAAUAAAACCAGAAACAAAACUAUUGAGAUUGACAGUUCUGCCUUGAUCUUGGAGACAGUCAUUGACAGAACAGUGUCACCACAAGGUCCAUUUAGCAGCUGUUUUCAAGCUACCUGGUCGCCCAGAUCUUCCUUGGCACCUUGAAUGCCAACGUUAAAUGAAGACUUGCAAAUGCUCAGAAGACAUCCACAUCUCUGUAAUAUCCGGGAACUCCAUCAGCAGCGGGAGUGGGACUGAAAGCUGCAGAACAACUACUAAAAUGGACCUUGUGGUAAGAACAUUUUGUUUACUGGGGAAAAAAGGGUUUAAAAAGCCUCUUAUACACACAGACAUACACACAGACUCCGAAAACACGGGUAUUAAUCCGCUGCUAUUAACAGGCUCCACUGUUGUGGUUUCAGACUUUCAGCAACACUGGAACAUGAGUGGGUGCAAAAGUGCUCAGUCUCAGAUGCCCCAUUGAUUGACAAAAUGUAAUUAAGGGCCUUAAUUUGCAAUACUUACCCUCAAUCAUCACCUUCCACCACUAUGCUGAUAUGUAUAUGGCCUGUAUAGC